UUGAAAAUAGCACUGCAUUUGUUGCUGGCCGCUUGCAAGAACGAGAGAAGUAUGAAAGUUGCCUACGGAAAUUAUGAAGUUUUGUUAUUUGUAGUCAACCUUAUAAGCUUAUUUCUAAAUUCAGAAUGUGCUCUCGAAGCAAGGGUACAUUUGCUUACUCUUGACAGCACUGGCAAGAAGCUGUCCGUAUCAGAUGGAGUCAUAAAUGUUGAGCCUAAAGUGACAUUUAAACUUAGAAUAUCAGGGUCAAACUUGAACAAGUCGGACACCCUGAUAUCUUUCGCAAAAAUUGUCGGGAAAAGAGGUAACUCUUGUGGAGAUAAAAGGUCAACUCCUGUUCGAAGUUUCGACGAAGUAAUUGAAAAUGGAACUAUUGGUUUGUUGACGCUGAGCUGGGACACACCGGCCGUUUACUAUGUUUGUUUGAAAACCGGCCCGGCGAAGCUGGGAGUCCAGCGAUGGAUACACCAAGGAGACCACAGUUGGUUGAAGGUCAAAGUAGUCAGCACCCUUUACAUACCCUUGUGGAUACGAAUCUUGCUUGUUAUUGUUCUUAUUUGCUUAUCCGGGUUAUUUUCCGGCCUUAAUCUUGGUUUGAUGUCAUUGGAACCAAAUGACCUUCAAAUUGUCAUGAAUUGCGGGGAGGGCAACGAGCGAAAGUAUGCGGCAAAGAUCCUGCCUGUGAGAAAGCGUGGGAAUUUUUUGCUUUGUACCCUUUUGCUGGGGAACACCCUUGUCAAUUCUUCUUUCACCAUAUUGCUUGAUGAUCUCACCAGUGGGCUUGUUGCAGUUGUAGGAUCAACUGCUGCUAUUGUUAUAUUUGGGGAAAUUGUCCCCCAAAGUAUUUGCUCCAGGUACGGUCUUGCUAUUGGAGCAAGGACGUUGUUUCUGACAAAAAUGUUUAUGGUCUUGACUUUUCUUUUGUCUUAUCCAAUAAGUAAAGUGUUAGAUCUUAUUCUUGGGGAAGAAAUUAGUGGAGUGUAUAACAAAAGACAGCUUCUUGAAAUGUUGAAACUGCAAGAUGAAUUUAAUGAUCUAGAGAAGGAUGAGGUUGGGAUUAUUUCUGGGGCCUUGAAGUAUAAGACAAAAGUUGUGCAAGAUGUGAUGACACCAAUCAAUGACUGUUUUCUUCUCGAUGAAGAUGCCAUACUUGAUUUCAAAACAAUGACACAAGUGAUCAGAUCUGGUUACAGCAGAAUUCCUGUCUACUCAGGGGAAAGAUCAAAUGUUGUGGCACUUUUAUAUGUCAAGGAUCUUGCAUUUGUUGAUCCAGAUGACUGUAUCCCACUUCUUAGUGUCAUAAAGUUUUACAAUCACCAAGUUCGAAAGGUUUUCUAUGACACAAGACUUGAUGAAAUGCUAGAAUGGUUCAAAAAAGGCACAUCACAUCUUGCUAUUAUCAUCAAAGUUGAUGAUGAAAGAGAUGGUGAUCCAGUGUAUGAAGCUGUUGGUAUUGUAACAUUGGAAGACAUAAUCGAGGAGAUCAUCCAGUCUGAAAUUGUCGAUGAAACAGAUGUUUAUAUUGAUAACGUGUCUGGGCGAAAGGUGCCUGGUCGAAAAGGAAUAAAUCAUGACUUCUCGUUAUUUACCGCUUCUGAUGAGGACAAGAAGAAAAAGAUUUCUCCCCAACUCGGCUUUGCUUUGUUCCAGUAUUUAAGCACAGCUGUGGAACCGUUCAAGGAAGAAUACAUAUCAAGAGCUGUGCUGAAAAAGUUGAUCGACCAUCAGGGCUCUGUCGAGGGAAAGUCACUAAACCCAGAGAAGGAGGAUGACAUAUACCUGUAUAAGAAAGGUAUAAGUGCUGAUUACUUCAUCCUCAUCAUUCAAGGGCAGGUCGAAGUGGUUGUUGGUAACGAAAGCCUUGUGUUUGUGGACGGUCCUUUCACUGUGUUCGGGAUGCAGGCACUAUUUGCCGAAAAAGGUCACGCAUUUCUGCCAGACUAUGACGUCAAGAUGUUAUCCGAUCUCCAGUACUUGAAGGUUGACCGUGCACUGUAUAGAUCGGCAAUAAGGGCUAGUCAGCUGGAACGGAGUGAACGUGAUCCUUCACACUUAGAAGAAAUUGAUAAUCUUUUAUGGACCAGUAAGGUCGAAAGGAAAGAUGAACCGAAAAUUACUCAUGAAGUUGAAAGUGACGAAACAGGCUUGUUACUUACUCCUAAUGCCGAAACAAGCCCGAAGAAAUCCAAGGAUAACGUUCGGCUUGAGUCUCCGUUGUAAGGAAAUGUGUGAGCACGUGAAAUUGUACAAAGCACCAAAAUUUUGAGAGGAGUUCCUGAGGACCCUGUAUGAUAUCCUUAAACAUGGCUUAACGGAAUGCUUCAGUGCUUCGUUAUUCAAAUAAAGCACAUAAAGCACAUUUAGCUGUUGAACACUUUUUAAUGAGUCCGAGAAGUUUGAUAUUUCUGUUUACUAUAAAAUGACACGAUUUAGUUUUCACUUACUUAAGUUUAGCUGCUGAAAAUAUAUUGCUGAUUUUAGUUAUAUCCCAUAAUGCACCUCUUUUUAAACAUUCAUGAAAUUGAAUUAAUAAUUGAACUUUUCCUACUUUUUUGCUCUACUAAGAGAGCCGUUGGAAUGCCAGCAAAUUUGAUUAUUUAAUGACAUAGUUUUAACUCUGGGUUAUUUUCGUUUAGUUAAGUUGCAAAGUUCGUUGUUUGAUUGAAUUUUAUUCUAUUUUGACGGACAAAAGUACAUAAAUCGUUUUAAACAUAUUUCUAGGAUACUAAAAUUUUGCUAAAUUCUGCGUUUGUAAAUUCUUCCCAAAAUUUGAAUAAACUUUUUAAUUGUUAGAAGUUUCUUUUCAUUUUUAAUAUUGCUCCUUACCCAGUUUCGUUUGCCAAGGAAAUUUCCUUGUUUUCCCGGCCUGUUUAACAGUCUCAUUUUUAACCUGUUGCUUCAAUUAGUCAGGAGAAAGUAAAGUUUAAAUAACUCUACCCGUACAUUUUGAUAUAUUUUCACCGCUCAGUUUACACAGUGACGUGGCUCCUCUCUUUUCUAAAACGCCGAUUCCCUAUCGGCUACCCAGCAGUACACUUCAAUUAGAUUUCAAAAAUCUUCGUCCUUGCGUGUCUGGUGAACCGAAAGAGUGCAUUUUUCUACAUUUGCACGAACAUCGACUUGAGUGUCGGCUGUUAGUCGGUCACACAGAUUGCCACAUUUCCUUGUUCUCAACAUGUCACCAUCUUACUUCGUGUCCAAAGCUAUACCAACUUCUACUUUGUGAGCAUCAAGAUCCUUAAUUAUCGCAAUCAGUCGAAGAUGAUAUCCAAAUUUAUCUUUCUUUUCAUUUCUUUUUUUUAUUAUGCAGUCAUAAUAUGUUGGGGACGACUGCACUUUAGCGACUCACUUUUUUGUUCCGUGGUCCGAAGCUGAAUUGAGUUACAAACCUUCCGUUUCGAUCUAGCCUUGUUUCUGAAACAAUCGAAAGUUCGAAUCUCAGAAGCUCAGCCAGUUAAGGAUUCACUCUCGCACAAUUGCAGCUAUGCAUCAGUUUGAGUUUCAAAAUCAGUUUGAAUGACUUCGCGCUUUGAUUUUUUUUAGCUGCCUUGGGGGCUCCGCCCCCAAACCCCCGUUAAUUCAUCAUAGAUUGAUUCAUUUUACUCCAUAUCCAGUUAUAAACAAAUGUCUUGGUUUCUUCGAAUAUUCAUUCUCACUGUUGCUCGCAUCAUCGUUUCUAGGUAGUAGUGAUUCAAUUCAACUUUCGACCAGGAAACAAAAAAGUGGGUCGCUAAACUACAGUCUAGCCAUAUGUUGCUAAUAAUUACUAGCUAAACAUCCUUAAUGUAGGUAUCUCUUAAUGUAGGACAAAUUUUUGGUUCAUUGGUUCUGUUCGAUGUAUUGUCUGGUGGCAGCUGUAUGUAACGUUUCUUGUUUUAUGUUUUAUAAAAUAAUUUUUGUAUUUGAUUAAAUUUCUCGGAAUAUAUUUUGGUUCGUUAGUUAC